UGCACUCGUACUUUCCUGUGUAAAAACAACAAACAAAGUGCAUCAAUCAGCAGCAAAUAGAUUGGUAGCUCAGAAGAGUAUGAAGAAUCCAACCUAAAACUUGCACCCAUAAAUUUCUCUCUGUCUCCCUCAGUUUUCCUAUUAUCUAAAAACCAAGCUCUUAAUGAUGCCAGCAAAAAGUAUCUGGUUUACAAGCUGUGCUAUAGCUAUUUGCUUUGUAAUUUGCCAUCAUGACAUUGCCAAUGGAGAAAAAUACUGUCCUCCUGUCUCUUGUGGGGAUCUACGUGACAUUCGAUAUCCUUUUCGCUUGAAAACUGCUUCUGAUCUUAAUUGCCUCAACCAUCCAGCUGAGUUAUCAUGCCAGCAAAACCGGACCACUUUGAAUCUCUACAAUGGUAUGUAUUAUGUCACGGAAAUCAACUACGACAAGUUUACAAUCCGAGUUGUGGAUCCUGGUCUGCUCGACGAUGCCUCUUGCCCCUUCAGGCCACUCUACAGUUUAACAACUCGUAAUAUCAGCGUUUAUGAAUAUGGUGCAUCAUACAUGUUUGAUGAUUAUAAUCAUUAUGCAUCCUUCUUUGAUUGCUCGUUGCCAGUUGAGUCCCCGGACUAUGUACAAAUCAACUGCAGUAGCAGUACUACCAACUCAUCAUCUACAACUUCAUAUUCUUAUAUUAUGCUGGGAGAUGGCGUGGACAAUCUUAAAUCUUCUUGUAGUCUGACCACCGUCAUUCCAACCAAGUCAUUAAAAACUAGGGGCGCCCUUUCAUUUUCUUUCAUCCGAGAUCAAUUGAAAACCGGUUUAGAGCUUUCAUGGGUACUAAUUCUCCCCGAAAACUUCUGCUACACCCAACACCAAUCCCUUUAUUGUUUCGGUGAAAACAUUAAGCGUGGUUUCAUAGUGGCCGCCAAGAACUUUGGAUGGUUUCUGACGGCACGAAUGACACUCGGAAUUUUUGUUUUGUUGGGUUUCUGUAGCUACAAACUGUAUUGGAAAAAGUUCCCCAUGCAUGCUGCAGUUGAAGAAUUCUUGCAUGCUUGCAGGAAUCUUAUGAGAAGAAAGUAUUCAGAUAUUAAGAAAAUGACAAUUGAGUUCAAAAAUAAACAAAGUCAGGAAGGCUACUGGAAAAAGUUAUUAAAUGAUGCUGUUCAAAAAUUCUUUGAUGCUUGCAAGAAUCUCAGAAGAAGAAGGUACUCAUAUUCAGAUAUUAAGAAAAUGACCAUUGAGUUAAAAAUUAAACUCAGUGAGAAGGGCUAUUGGAAAAAGUUGCUAAAUGAUGCAGUUGAAGAUGUUAAGGAGACGGUAUUUGAUUUCAAACGUAAACUGAGACAAGGAGGCUAUUGUAAAAAGUUCAUAAAGGAUGAUGCAGUUGAAGAGUUCUUGGAUGCAUACAAGAAUCUUAUGCCAAUAAGGUAUUCAUAUUCAGAUAUUAAGAAGAUGACAAAAAAUUUUAAAGAUAAACUGGGCCAGGGAGGCUUUGGUUCUGUUUUCAAGGGAGAGCUGUCAAAUGGUCAUCUUGUUGCAGUAAAGAUGUUGAGUGGCUCCAAAGGUAAAGGGCAAGAUUUCAUCAAUGAAGUUGCCACAAUAGGAAGAAUUCAUCAUGUCAAUGUGGUGCAGCUGAUUGGCUUUUGUUCUCAAGGACCAAAAAGAGCUCUUGUCUAUGACUUCAUGCCUAAUGGAUCCCUAGACAGCUACAUCUUUCCAGACAGAGGAAAAAUUAUUCUUCUUAGUUGGAAUAGCAUGCUUGAGAUAGCUCUCGGGGUGGCUCGUGCAAUUGAAUAUCUGCACCAGGGAUGUGAUGUGCAAAUUCUACAUUUUGAUAUUAAACCCCACAACAUUCUUCUUGAUGAAAACUUCACUUCAAAGAUUUCAGACUUUGGGCUUGCAAGAUUUUACCCUAGAGAUAAUAACACUGUUUCUCUUACUGCUGUAAGAGGCACAAUGGGAUAUAUAGCUCCAGAAAUGUUCUACAGAUCCGUUGGAGGCGUUUCGUACAAAUCUGAUGUUUAUAGCUUUGGAAUGUUGUUAUUGGAAAUGGCAGGACGGAGAAAGAACUUGAAUGCACAUGCAGAAAAUUCAAGCCAGAUAUACUUCCCUUCUUGGAUAUAUGAGCAACUAGAAAAGGGAUUGAGCAUUGAAAUUGAGGAUGGCUGUGAGUAUGAAAAGAAAAUAGCCAAGAAAAUGGUCAUGGUUGCAUUGUGCUGCAUACAGUUGAUGCCUGUCAAUCGCCCUUCUAUGAGCAAAGUUGUAGAGAUGCUUGAAGGUGACGUCGAACUCUUGCAAAUGCCUCCGAAACCUUUCUUCUGUCCACAAGAGAUGCCAAUGGAGGAUCCACCUGAUGAGACGGAUGUUGCAGAGGUGUCUACCAUGCCACAUGAUAGUGCUACAGAAACGAUCUCCAUGAAAAUGUGGCGCAAUUUCUGGAUUGACUUGUCAGAAAGAAUGCUAAGACUUGCAUUUUUUAAACUCGGCGUGUUGUCUCCGUCGGCGACUUUGAAACUGAAACAAGCUGCAGCAUAA